GGGGGUCACAUGGCUUCCCCUCUGGCUGCUUACGACCCAUUAUACCUGUCUCACAUGGCAUUCAUGGACAAGCUGUGGGCACAAUGGCAAGAUAAACAUCAGCAUGGAUCAAAAAGACAAAAUUCCAGGGACGAUAAGGCUCAGAGCAGCAUCCUUUACCCCGCCAGACAGAGGCAUGUGAAGAUAAAGCCUUUUGAUGUUACCCCUGAUGAUGUGAUGUCUUCCCAGCAGCAGAUGUGUAUUGUAUAUGUGCCCAUAACCAUUGGUGCACCUUGUAAUAUAACAUCAUUACAAACACACCCAAGAGGAAGUCUGAAAUUUAAGAAGCGUAGCUUGGACAAACACAACUCACACUCCAAUAGUUUUGUCAUUGGAGGCUUUGACAGCAGUGGUUUUGACCAGCAUGGAUAUGAUCGUAAUGGCUAUGACCGGAGCGGUUGGGACAAGUGGGGCUAUGGCAAAGAUGGCUUUAACCGGGACUUCAUUGAUAUUGAUGGAUAUGAUGUAUCUGGUUUCAACCGCUAUGGGUUUAACCGUUCUAAUGUCACCUGGUUUGGCAUGCGUAAAGAUGGCAUGUUUGAGAAUGUGAAAAAGAAAAAGCAUAACGAGACAGAUGAAGAGGAGGAGAGUGAUAACAAGUCACACAAAGACAAGAUAAUGUCCAAGCUCUUCGGUGACAAAGGCUACAGCAUCUACGGGUUUGAUCCAUUUGGUUUGGAUCGCAGCGGUUUUGACGCAUUUGGCUUUCGAAUGGAUGGUUACGACAAGGACAGUUGCAACUGGUUCUUCAAUGGGCCACACUACCUGCGGUUCUACUUCCACACCCAGCAGCAGUUGAUGUCAUCCAGUGACCAAGCUUUAAACCGUAUCACCCGUACCUGCCCUCCAAUCUCCUCCCUGCCCCAACACUGGGCCAGACAGGAGUGGAUGACCUUUGAUCCAGACAAAAGCAGUGCUCUGAAUAGUCUACUACAGCAGGAAUGGAUGAGACAAAUUAAGCCAGAAAGUGAUGAUAAUGUUACAGCAGCUACUCAAAAUAAGAGCAACAUAUGGCUUCCAAACACACCAGAUCACAGGUUUUGCUUCAAGCUCCACUGGUUCAGCGGCUGUCCCCUUGGCUCUGCGCCUAUCAGCUGCCCUAACCUCUGCAAUCAGGCCCGCUGCCACGUGUACCCCGAGGCUGUCUGCCAUAUGCGCAAUUGUGGUUCCUGUUUCACAGAGUGGCGAGAUCCAACAACUGGAAACCACGUAAUAUGCCAUGGCUGGUAAACACUGGAUUGUUUCCCAGAAAAAUGGAGGAAUAAAGUACUUUUUACAGCUUUUCACAACAGUGAGAAGAGAACGGACCAUCAUUCGGUACCUGCAUCGUCUCUGUGAGCUCAGAGAAACAGAAAGCACGUCAUCAUAAUGAUGACUGUUGAGAGGACUGAUACUGGAGUAGAAUAAGACAAAGACUUAAUUAUCAAUGUUAUAUUAGCAAAAUGUGCUUUGAAAUCUGUUUUUACCUCAUUACAAGAUUAUCCACCUGUCCCACCACAUUUACAUUUUGACUCACUCUGUAUCAUCCUUGUAUCUCCUUGAUAUAGGGUGUUACAGUGUUAGUUCACCCAGGUUACAAAAAACAUUUCUCCAGUGGUAUAUAGCCAAGGAGAUGGUUUUGGCCAACCCCCACACAGAUUUGCAAAAUAUUCUAUUUCUGUAGUUCUGAAUUUGACUUCAAUUUUAUUUGUGGUGAAUAAAUUCCAUUUCAAAAUCAUCAGUUCAGCAAAUAACAGGCGGCACGGUGGUGCAGUGGUUAGCAUUGUGGCCUCACAGCAAGAGGGUUCC